CUGCUGCCGGGGGGGGGGGGGUUUGGCAGCCCCCCUUCCAAGUUGUACUCUCCCAGAGGGAUAAUGUACUCCUUGCCAUCCCUGGGGGUGCAUCCUGCCCCACUGCAGCUCCUCUUGCACCCUGCCAGAGAUGUUUCCCUGCUCCUUUCUUCCCCUCUGCAAGAGCCUUGGAGCAGGGAGGCUGUCAGCUGGGAACCUGAUGCACUCUUGUGCCCGAGGUUGGUGGGGAGCUGCUGGGGCCAGUGAAAGCCUGAGGGGGGCUUUGCCCCCCACCUCAGAUAUGGAGAGGCUGUUCCUCUAAGUCGUUCAAGCUGUACUCGCCAAAGGAGCCCCCGAACGGCAACGCCUUCCCCCCCUUCCACCCAGGCACCAUGCUGGAUCGAGAUGUGGGACCUACUCCUAUGUACCCACCGACGUACCUGGAGCCUGGAAUCGGGAGGCACACGCCGUACGGGAACCAGACCGACUACAGGAUAUUUGAGCUCAACAAGCGGCUGCAGAACUGGACAGAGGAAUGUGACAAUCUGUGGUGGGAUGCCUUCACCACAGAGUUCUUUGAGGAUGACGCCAUGUUAACAAUCACUUUCUGCUUGGAGGAUGGACCAAAGAGAUACACGAUUGGCCGGACUCUGAUUCCCCGUUACUUCCGCAGCAUCUUUGAAGGGGGAGCCACAGAGCUGUACUACGUGCUCAAGCACCCCAAGGAAUCCUUCCACAACAACUUCGUCUCGCUGGACUGUGACCAGUGCACCAUGGUCACCCAGCAUGGCAAGCCCAUGUUCACCCAGGUGUGUGUGGAGGGGCGGCUCUACCUGGAGUUCAUGUUUGAUGACAUGAUGAGGAUAAAGACGUGGCAUUUCAGCAUCCGCCAGCAUCGAGAACUUAUUCCCCGCAGCAUCCUUGCCAUGCAUGCACAGGAUCCCCAGAUGCUGGACCAGUUAUCCAAGAACAUCACACGCUGUGGGCUCUCAAACUCCACACUCAACUACCUCCGACUCUGUGUAAUCCUAGAACCAAUGCAGGAGCUCAUGUCACGGCACAAGACCUACAGCCUCAGUCCCCGGGACUGCCUCAAGACUUGCCUCUUCCAGAAGUGGCAGCGGAUGGUUGCUCCGCCCGCUGAGCCAGCACGGCAGCAGCCCAGCAAGCGCCGGAAAAGGAAGAUGUCGGGCGGCAGCACCAUGAGCUCUGGUGGGGGAAACACCAACAACAGCAACAGCAAGAAGAAGAGCCCAGCCAGCACCUUUGCCCUGUCCAGUCAGGUACCUGAUGUGAUGGUGGUAGGCGAGCCCACGCUGAUGGGGGGGGAGUUUGGGGACGAGGACGAGCGCCUCAUCACCCGGCUGGAGAACACGCAGUUUGACGCCGCCAACGGCAUCGACGACGAGGACAGCUUCAACAACUCGCCGGCGCUGGGGGCCAACAGCCCCUGGAACAGCAAACCGCCCUCCAGCCAGGAGAGCAAGUCAGAGAACCCCACGUCGCAGGCGUCGCAGUAACGGCCCCCCCGCCGCCCCGUGGACUCAGUCCCAACCAAUCUACCUGUACAUUUGCAACGGAGAGUGACUGGGAAGCGGCGAGGUACCGGGGGCGGAUCGGCGCCACGUCAAUGAUGGGGUGCACGGCCCGGGGUGCACACCAGGCAGGCAGCCCCCAGCCGUCACCCCCGCCGCCUCCCCGCGCCCCCACGCCUGCCUCCCUGACGGACCCCAGGGCAGGGGUGGGUUUCCGGGGCCGUAGCUUCAUUAUUCCCCCUCCGCUCUUCUUUUCUGCUUCUUGCCCAGAGAGCUUCUCAUCCCUGUCCCAACAUGCCCGACCCCUCCCUGCCAAGUGAGGGGGAAUGGUGGGGAGGUGUUGGCAGCGGCUGGCGUUACCAGAUGCCGUGUGUUGGGGUCUGGCACAGCGCAGAGACCCUCCUCCUCCCUGGGCCCUGUGGCUGGUGUUUGCUGAGCAGCCACUUGCAGUGGGGUUGCACAUCCCCAGUCCAACGUGGGGCUGGUUGGGAGGGGCAGUGAUGGAAAGCCUUCCCUGUGCCUCAGGCUCUGCCACGGAGCUUCCUCCUGCCAGGGUCAGAUCCUGCAGUGCUGGGAUGGUGUUGAGGAUAGGGCCCCGUCACAUUUUCCCACUCUCCUGCACCUUCCCCUUCCCCUCGCUCCCCAGAGCGAGAGCGCAGCACAGCCAUGGGGGGACUCUUGUAUAUAGGAAGUGCGUGGUGGGGGGCUGGGGGGGCACGGAGGACCUGGGGCUCUGCUGGAGCAGCCGGUGUCCUUGUUCCCUGCCUGCAGCCCCUGUGUUUCCCUCCACCCUGCGUGAGUCUGCCUGGGGCCCCUUUGGAACCCCUGGCUCCUGGUACCUCCUACUUUUGUCUUUUUUUAAGAAAAAAAAAAUAAUAUUAUUAAAUUGUAAGUUUAAAAAAGAGAAAGAAAAAAAAAAAUGGGAAAAUACCCCCUGAGCCCCCUUGCCCAUUCCCCCCUCCUGUCCCAAACCCUUUCACCCUGUCCUGACUUUUGUACAGGCUUCUUCUCUUGGAAGUCUCGUUUUAUAUCCAGUUCGGAGAGCUUCAAACCAAGGAGAGACUUUGCAGACUUCCUUUCUAAUCCCUCCAGAGGUCAGGGGGGCCAGCCCCCCGCCUCUCUUCUCAAUGUAAAUCUUGUGUGCUGUUGUCCCCGCUCCCCCCCUCGGGUUCGUGUACCUCGUGCUUGUACAUUUCCGCGCUGUAGACAGUGUGUACGAUACUGUUCUUUCAAUGUGUUAUCACUAGAGCAGGUGCCUCCAUUGAUGUUAGGGGAAACGAUGAGAAAAGUAAUAAUUUUUGGGGUUUUUUUUUUGGUUUAAAAAAAAAAAAAAAGAGAAAAAAAAUAAUCCCUUCCAAGGCUUUUUCCAAGGAGAAGAUGGGAGGUGCCGGGGGAGGGUGUUUGUGCUAACUAACUAGUUCACCCCAGCAGCCUUGGAGUGGGGUUUUGGGGGAAGAUGGGAGUCUGGGCUGCCUGUGGGAGCCCCCUGGCAUGCCCCGUGGUGGGGUUGCAGCAAGUGCUGCUGUGGGAGGGGACUGCCCUAGUGGGGGUAUCAGUGUGUGUAAGAGUGUGUGUGCGAGAGGUCUGUGUGUCUGUCUGCGUGCGUAAGGGAGCCUGGGGCAGGCAGAGCAGCCCUGAAGUUUGGGGGAGUGAGGGGUGCACUCCAUUCUCUCUGUCAUACACCCCCCAGUUCCCUGCUGGGGAUCCCACAGUCUGUGUCCCACUGCCCCAUGGGGCUUGGGGCUGGCAGGGUGUCACUGAGGGCCUGCUGUCCCCGGGGCUCUGGCUGCUGCAGGGGUGCUACUAGCACCCUGUGCUUUGCCCACUCGUGGGUGAGACUGCAGGAGGUUGGCUGAGAUGGAGUGGGGGAAACCCUGUGUGUCCUCUCCUUCUGCUGUCCCUGUGGUUGAGCAGGGAGACAGAGCCUUGAGUCAGCCCUGGUGUGAUGUCAAGCUGAAGAUCCCUGGAGAGAUGCCUGUGUUGGCUCCUGGGCCCCUCCAUGGGCAGGCCGGAGCUGGAGGGCUCGGCCCCUCAGACCCCCAGGCACAGGGGUCCCCCCAGCCCCUUUGCAGGGGGGGUGGGAGCCCAGUGUGGCAGGGAGGGGGGCUCUGCAUCACAGUUAAGGUACGAUUCUCCAUGCCAUGCUGCACGGCUGCUGUGGAGGGUGCAGAGCCCUCACUGCCAUGGGCACACUGUAAUGCCUUUUUGUUCCUUUUUUUUUUUUUUUUUUUUUUUUUCUUCCUUCCUCCCCUCCAUAGUUUGUGCCAUUUAUGAGUCAUGUAUGGUACCAAUAAAAUGACUUUUCGGUUUGAAGCUGU